GUAGAUAUUCUACCCUUGAGGUAGAGAUAUGCCACAGGUAUUCUCCACGGAAGUAUAUACCUCCUUAUUCCCAGACUGGUUAAUAUCAAAGCACUAGUACCGCCAAGCCCUCCGAUUGUUUCCUGCAUGCUGGUGGGGCAAAAUCCACCUGACAUUUACGGAGAAGCUCGCCUGAGCUCUUCUCCCAUUACCGUCCCUAACCACCAUGCCUAUUGAUACACAGAAGUACGACCGCCAACUCCGCUUAUGGGCCACUACCGGUCAGCAGAGCCUAGCCACGUCACAUGUGUGCCUUGUCAACGCAAACACGCUCGGAUGCGAGGUGUUGAAGAACUUGGUUUUGCCGGGAAUCGGCAAGUUUACGAUUGUGGACGCCGAAAAGGUAACGCAAGAUGACCUCUCGGCAAACUUUUUCCUCAAAGCCUCCAGCUUGGGAGAAUACAGAGCCGAGGCCGCGAAAAACGUGCUUCUUGAGCUCAAUCCCGACGUGGCGGGAGAGGCUGUCACCGCGUUCCGUGACGAUGGCGCUUUCUGGAAGCAGUUCAGUCUCGUGGUGGUGAGCAACCAAUUCUGUGAGCUUGGCUCCCUCAAGGAGCGGUUGUGGAAAUGGCAGGUGCCGCUUAUGGUGGUAAACAGCGUGGGUUUCUACGGCUCCUUGCGAGUGUUUGCGGCGGAACUCACGGCCAUUGAGUCCCAUCCGGCAAAUCCGUUUGGCGAUUUACGGUUGGACAAGCCGUGGCCAGAGUUACAGCGAUAUGUGGACGCCAUUUCCUUGCCAGCGCUCGAUCUGGUGGACCACGCACACGUUCCGUACGUGGUUAUUCUCAUCAAAGCGUUGAAGGAGUGGAGAAAGCUCCACGCAGGAGGCGCCCCGGAAUCUAGCCAGGAAAAGAGAGAGUUUAAAGAGGGAAUUGCACGAAUGGCAAGGAACAUCCAUACCGAGGUGAACUUCACGGAGGCACGGGACGUUUCCUGGCGCGCGUGCCAGGUGACAGAGACGCCCGCCGGCAUCCACGAGUUGAUGGAUCUCAGUAGGACAGCACUCCACGCAGCUCCGGAACGAAACAGGAUAUUCUGGGUGCUUGUGAGCGCCCUCAGAUUGUUCCAGAAAGAGGCAGGGACCUUACCAUUGUCGGGGGUGCUUCCAGACAUGGCAUCAGACACUGCCAGCUAUGUCAGGCUUCAGGAUAUCUACCGCGCAAAAGCAAGACUGGACCGCCUGCGCUUCAAGAAGCAUGUUGCGGCGGUGUUAUUGAGCCUAGAGGAAGGCGGAGAAGUUUCCGAUGAGGUGGCAGAGACGUUCUGUAAAAACGCUCGCACCUUGUUUGUCGCCCGUUCCAGCAACACCGAUGACUUGAACACUGAGCUAGUGGAGAUCCUUACGCGUGGGGAGAGUCCAGGCGCAAUGCAGGCUGAGUAUGAAGACGAGGGUUUAGCCAACUUGUACGUGUACCUCUCGCUUCUUGCCAAUACCCACCACUAUAAUACGCGAGCCAGCGCCGCUACGUUGCCAGACUUGUAUCUGGCGGUGCGGGAGGUGCUUGGAUCGGUGCACAUUCCCGCAAAGUUGGACCAAACUCUCCAGGAGGUGGUGCGGGCGCAAAACCGCGAAUUCCACAACACCUCAUCGUUGAUGGGGGGAAUGGCGGGCCAGGAGGCGUUGAAGGUCCUAAUGGCGCAGUACCGCGUGUUGGAUAACUGUUUUGUCUGGGACGGCAUCAAGAGCAGGAGCGAUAAGUGGAAGGUGUAGAUAAUACUGGCGACUGCAUUAUUAAUGGUAAAGGCAAAAAGGGGGCUUUUUUUAGCAUAACGCAAAGGUAUUUACGUCUCUAGAGUGACAGUCUGGAAAUGUUUCUCAGGCCAAGGCGUGUAGCAUAGUGAGUUCGCCUAGCAUGUGAAGGGUCUUAUAUUGGCCAACUUUUGUCUUGUCGGUGAACGUAAUAAUCCAGGUCUGGGUAGCUUAACGACCCAGUUUAUUCAGUAAAAUAUUAUAGAAUUAUACUGAAAGACCAUUAACCAUAUACCAAGCACGAUAUUUUUAAAUACUUUAUAAUCCG